CAGAAAAGUACAAUCAUGGGAGAUGGUGAAAUGGAGUGUUUCGGCCCGGCGGCCAUCUAUCUCCGAAAGCCAGAAAAAGAGAGAAUUGAGGCUCAGAACACCCCCUUUGAUGCUAAAUCAGCUUACUUCGUGACAGAUGCAGACGAGAUGUACCUGAAGGGUACUCUUACUGGCAGAGAGGGCGGCAAAGCUACUGUCAAAACUCACAGUGGGAAAACUGUAACAGUAAAAGAAGAUGACAUCCACCCCAUGAAUCCUCCCAAGUUUGACAAAAUCGAGGACAUGGCCAUGAUGACCCACCUCAAUGAGCCUGCUGUGCUGUACAACCUCAAAGAGCGUUACGCAGCAUGGAUGAUCUACACCUACUCUGGCUUGUUCUGCGUCACUGUCAAUCCCUACAAGUGGCUGCCGGUGUACGACGCAGUUGUUGUGGCUGGAUACAGAGGGAAAAAGAGGAUUGAAGCCCCACCUCACAUCUUCUCCAUCUCCGACAACGCCUACCAGUUCAUGCUCACUGAUCGUGAGAACCAGUCUGUCCUGAUUACUGGAGAAUCUGGUGCAGGAAAGACUGUGAACACAAAACGUGUCAUUCAGUACUUUGCAACUGUUGGUGCGAUGUCUGGAACAAAGAAGGCAGAGCCAGUUGCUGGAAAAAUGCAGGGAUCACUGGAAGACCAGAUCAUUGCAGCAAACCCUCUGCUGGAGGCUUAUGGUAAUGCCAAGACUGUGAGAAACGACAACUCCUCUCGUUUUGGUAAAUUCAUCAGGAUUCACUUUGGCACCACUGGAAAACUUGCCUCAGCUGAUAUUGAAACUUAUCUGCUGGAAAAGUCGAGAGUGACAUUCCAGCUGUCUGCUGAGAGGAGUUACCACAUCUUCUACCAGGUCAUGACUGGACACAAGCCAGAGCUGCUCGAGGCCCUGCUCAUCACCACCAACCCUUAUGACUAUCCAAUGAUCAGCCAGGGUGAGAUCACUGUGAAGAGCAUCAAUGAUGUGGAGGAGUUCAUUGCCACUGAUACUGCCAUUGACAUUCUGGGCUUCACUGCUGAUGAGAAAAUUAGCAUCUACAAGCUGACAGGGGCCGUGAUGCAUCAUGGGAGCAUGAAGUUCAAACAGAAGCAGAGAGAGGAGCAGGCUGAACCUGAUGGCACUGAGGUGGCUGAUAAAAUCGCCUACCUCAUGGGUCUCAACUCUGCUGACAUGCUGAAAGCUCUGUGCUACCCCAGAGUGAAGGUCGGGAACGAGAUGGUGACCAAAGGCCAGACAGUACCACAGGUGAACAAUGCAGUAAUGGCUCUCUGCAAGUCUGUCUAUGAGAAAAUGUUCUUGUGGAUGGUCGUCCGUAUCAAUGAGAUGUUGGACACCAAGCAGCCAAGACAGUUCUUCAUUGGUGUGCUGGACAUCGCUGGAUUUGAGAUUUUUGAUUUCAACAGCUUGGAGCAGCUUUGCAUCAACUUCACAAAUGAGAAACUGCAACAGUUCUUUAACCACCACAUGUUUGUUCUGGAGCAAGAGGAGUACAAGAAAGAAGGUAUUGAAUGGGAGUUCAUUGACUUUGGUAUGGACUUGGCCGCCUGCAUUGAGCUCAUUGAGAAGCCAAUGGGCAUCUUCUCCAUCCUUGAAGAGGAGUGUAUGUUCCCCAAGGCAACAGACACAAGCUUCAAAAACAAGCUUCAUGAUCAGCAUCUGGGCAAAUGUGCGGCUUUCCAGAAGCCCAAGCCUGCCAAAGGUAAAGCAGAGGCUCACUUCUCUCUGGUGCACUACGCCGGGACUGUGGACUACAACAUUGUUGGCUGGUUGGACAAGAACAAGGAUCCACUGAAUGACUCUGUUGUUCAACUCUACCAAAAGUCAUCGGUCAAAGUCCUGGCUUUCCUAUAUGCUGCUCAUGCAUCUGCUGAAGCUGAGGGAGGUGGUGGAAAGAAAGCAGGCAAGAAGAAGGGUGGUUCCUUCCAGACUGUGUCUGCACUUUUUAAGGAGAACUUGGGUAAGCUGAUGACUAACCUGAGGAGCACUCACCCUCACUUUGUGCGCUGCUUGAUUCCUAAUGAGUCCAAGACUCCAGGUCUGAUGGAGAACUUCCUGGUCAUCCACCAGCUCAGGUGUAAUGGUGUGCUGGAGGGUAUCAGAAUCUGUAGGAAGGGUUUCCCCAGCAGAAUCCUCUACGGUGACUUCAAGCAGAGGUACAAAGUAUUAAAUGCUAGUGUCAUCCCUGAGGGACAGUUCAUUGACAACAAAAAAGCUUCAGAGAAACUUUUGGGCUCUAUUGAUGUUGACCACACACAAUACAAGUUUGGACACACCAAGGUGUUCUUUAAAGCUGGUCUAUUGGGAACUCUUGAGGAAAUGAGAGAUGAGAAACUAGCAGAACUGGUUACCAUGACUCAGGCUUUGUGCCGUGGAUACGUCAUGAGAAAGGAGUUUGUCAAAAUGAUGGAGAGAAGGUAUGAAUCUACAAAAAACAGUUUGGAACACAAUUGUCUAGUACCACAAUGUGAUAUUGACUUAUUUACUCAUUACAUUUUACACAGAGAAGCAAUUUAUUCCAUUCAAUACAACAUCCGCUCAUUCAUGAAUGUCAAACAUUGGCCAUGGAUGAAGCUCUACUUUAAGAUCAAGCCUCUUCUGAAGAGUGCAGAGACUGAGAAAGAAAUGGCAGCUAUGAAGGAGAAUUAUGAGAAAAUGAAGGAAGAUCUUGCAAAAGCAUUAGCUAAAAAGAAGGAGCUUGAGGAGAAAAUGGUGUCACUUCUUCAAGAGAAAAAUGACCUUCAGCUGCAAGUCACAGCUGAAUCAGAAAACCUUUCUGAUGCUGAGGAGAGAUGUGAAGGUCUGAUCAAAAGCAAGAUCCAGCUCGAGGCCAAACUCAAAGAGACAAAUGAGAGACUGGAGGAUGAAGAGGAAAUCAAUGCUGAACUGACUGCCAAGAAGAGGAAACUGGAGGAUGAAUGCUCCGAACUGAAGAAAGACAUUGAUGACCUGGAGCUUACCUUGGCCAAAGUGGAAAAAGAGAAACAUGCAACCGAAAAUAAGGUGAAAAACCUGACAGAGGAGAUGGCCUCUCAAGAUGAAAGCAUUGCCAAACUGACCAAAGAGAAGAAAGCCCUCCAAGAGGCACAUCAGCAGACUCUUGAUGACCUUCAGGCAGAGGAAGACAAAGUCAACACUCUGACUAAAGCCAAGACAAAGCUUGAGCAGCAAGUGGACGAUCUUGAGGGCUCAUUGGAGCAAGAGAAGAAGCUCCGUAUGGACCUUGAGAGAGCCAAGAGGAAGCUUGAGGGUGAUCUGAAACUGGCUCAGGAGUCCAUAAUGGACCUGGAGAAUGACAAACAGCAAUCAGAUGAGAAGAUCAAAAAGAAGGACUUUGAGAUAAGUCAGCUUCUCAGCAAGAUUGAGGAUGAACAGUCUUUGGGAGCACAGCUUCAGAAGAAGAUCAAAGAACUUCAGGCCCGUAUAGAGGAACUGGAAGAGGAAAUUGAAGCAGAAAGAGCUGCACGUGCUAAAGUGGAGAAGCAGAGAGCUGAUCUCUCCAGGGAACUUGAAGAGAUUAGCGAGAGGCUCGAGGAAGCUGGUGGUGCCACUGCUGCCCAGAUUGAGAUGAACAAGAAGCGUGAAGCUGAAUUCCAGAAGUUGCGUCGUGAUCUGGAAGAGUCCACCUUGCAGCAUGAGGCUACAGCCGCAGCUCUCAGAAAGAAGCAGGCAGACAGUGUGGCUGAACUCGGAGAACAGAUCGACAACCUCCAGCGGGUCAAGCAGAAGCUGGAGAAGGAGAAGAGUGAAUACAAGAUGGAGAUUGAUGACUUGACAAGCAACAUGGAGGCUGUGGCUAAGGCAAAGACAAAUUUAGAGAAGAUGUGUCGUACACUGGAAGACCAGUUGAGUGAAAUCAAGACCAAAAACGAUGAAAAUGUUCGUCAGUUGAAUGACAUGAAUGCACAACGUGCAAGACUUCAGACUGAAAAUGGUGAAUUUAGCCGCCAAAUGGAAGAGAAAGAAGCACUGGUUUCACAGUUAACUAGAGGAAAACAGGCUUAUACUCAGCAAAUUGAGGAACUCAAAAGACAUAUUGAAGAAGAAGUCAAGGUAGAGUUAUACAAAAUGUAUUUGCUCUUGUUUGAUUAUUUAAAUUAUUGCAAAGUUAGCAGAUUGUUUAAAAUCUCAAAAUAUGCUGUUUUACAGGCCAAGAACGCUCUGGCUCAUGCGGUUCAGUCUGCCCGCCAUGACUGUGAUUUGCUCAGAGAGCAGUAUGAGGAGGAGCAGGAGGCCAAAGCUGAACUCCAGCGAGGAAUGUCUAAGGCCAACAGUGAGGUGGCUCAGUGGAGAUCCAAAUAUGAGACUGAUGCCAUCCAACGCACUGAGGAGCUUGAGGAAGCCAAGAAAAAGCUUGCACAGCGUCUGCAGGAUGCUGAAGAAUCCAUUGAAGCAGUGAACUCAAAGUGUGCCUCACUGGAAAAGACCAAACAGAGACUGCAGGGUGAAGUAGAGGACCUUAUGAUUGAUGUGGAGAGGGCAAAUGCAUUGGCUGCCAACCUUGACAAGAAGCAGAGAAACUUUGACAAGGUCCUAGCAGAGUGGAAACAGAAGUAUGAGGAAGGCCAGGCUGAACUAGAAGGGGCUCAGAAAGAAGCUCGUUCUCUCAGCACUGAGGUUUUCAAAAUGAAGAACUCCUAUGAAGAAGCUCUUGACCACCUUGAGACACUAAAGAGGGAGAACAAGAAUCUGCAACAGGAGAUUUCUGAUCUCACUGAGCAGCUUGGAGAGACUGGAAAGAGCAUUCAUGAAUUAGAGAAAGCCAAGAAGACUGUGGAGUCUGAGAAAGCAGAGAUUCAGACUGCACUUGAAGAGGCAGAGGGUACCCUGGAGCAUGAAGAGUCCAAGAUUCUUCGUGUGCAGCUUGAGCUGAACCAGGUGAAGAGUGAGAUUGACAGAAAGCUUGCUGAGAAGGAUGAGGAGAUGGAACAGAUCAAGAGGAACAGCCAAAGAGUGAUCGAUUCCAUGCAGAGCACUCUGGACUCUGAGGUCAGGAGCAGAAACGAUGCCCUGAGAGUCAAAAAAAAGAUGGAGGGAGAUCUGAAUGAAAUGGAGAUCCAGUUGAGUCAUGCCAACCGCCAGGCUGCUGAGGCCCAGAAACAACUCAGAAACCUCCAAGGCCAACUCAAGGAUGCCCAACUGCACCUUGAUGAAGCUGUCAGAGGACAGGAGGACAUGAAGGAGCAGGUGGCCAUGGUGGAGCGCAGGAAUAACCUGAUGCAAGCAGAGAUCGAGGAGCUGAGAGGUGCACUGGAGCAGACAGAGAGAGGCCGCAAAGUGGCAGAGCAGGAGCUGGUUGAUGCCAGCGAGCGUGUGGGACUGCUCCACUCACAAAACACAAGUCUUAUAAACACCAAGAAGAAGCUUGAGGCUGAUCUGGUCCAGGUUCAAGGUGAGGUGGAUGAUGCUGUCCAGGAGGCCAGAAAUGCAGAGGAGAAGGCCAAGAAGGCCAUCACUGAUGCUGCGAUGAUGGCUGAGGAGCUGAAGAAGGAGCAGGACACCAGUUCUCACCUGGAGAGGAUGAAGAAGAACCUGGAGGUGACUGUCAAAGACCUGCAGCACCGUCUGGAUGAGGCUGAGAGUCUGGCCAUGAAGGGUGGAAAGAAACAACUCCAGAAACUGGAGUCCAGGGUGCGCGAGCUGGAGACUGAAGUUGAAGCUGAACAGAGACGUGGUGCAGACGCUGUGAAAGGAGUGCGCAAAUAUGAAAGGAGAGUGAAGGAGCUCACCUACCAGACUGAGGAAGACAAGAAGAAUGUGACCCGACUGCAGGAUCUGGUAGACAAGCUGCAGCUGAAAGUGAAGGCCUACAAGCGCCAAGCUGAAGAAGCUGAGGAGCAGGCCAACACUCACCUGUCCAGGUACAGGAAGGUGCAGCACGAGAUGGAGGAGGCUCAGGAGCGUGCUGACAUCGCUGAGUCGCAGGUCAACAAGCUGAGAGCCAAGAGCCGUGAUGCUGGAAAGAGUAAGGAUGAAGAAUGAAGAGAAGACACCACA